CUCAGCCAAUCAAUCUUCAGUAAUCAUGCGCUCCAUAGCAUUCGCAGUUGUAAUAUUUGUCGGCAUCCUGGCCUACAGCAAUGCAGCUCCUCAGAUUAACCUCGGCAAUCUGGCCUGGCUGGAGAACAUUCUCAAAGGCUUAGGAUCCCAGAAUUCCACCAUUCGGUUCGGCAACAAUACUCUGAUCGUAUCGGGAGUGUCCACAGCAAGUGCCAACGUCAACGCGUCUCAAGUAGAGCCCCAUCGUCCCCAUCAUCAUACUCAUUCAUGGGGUAACUAUCCUGGUUACGGCUACGGCUCCGGUGGUUACUGGCGUAUGGUUCCAUCUGUGGAUGGCGAAAUCAUUGAAGAGCCAGAGAACAGUCAAUCUUAUGAAUCGAAUGAUUUUGCCUUUGAUCUCUCUGAAGAUGAAAGUGUUGAGGGCAUCAUCGAAGAAGAUCAAUCUGACGAGGAUCAUUCAUUUAGCGAUGCUAGCUCAGAGGCUGAGGAUGAGCUCGGUGCAGAAGCCGAUGAAGAUCAGCUUGACCAGGAGGAUGUAAAUGAAUCCAUGAAUGAAGAGGUCGAUCCCGAAGAAGAAGCCGCAGACAAGGAAUUAGAUGAUGCCGAAAGUGAAUUGCCCGUCGAGAAAACCAACUAGCUGAUGAGUCUGAGCAUACGGAUACGUCAGUUAGAUAUCAACAACGCAGACAAUAGUUAAUUCAAUCAUACCUACUCCAAUUUUAGUACAGCAUUUUUUAAUUUAUCACUGCAUAUUUUUGGGAUCACUGACAAAUAA